CGUAUUUUGCUUUGGUCGUGAAGAGCGGUCUUGUUUGUAAACAAUUUAGAGUGAUGUGUAAUUUGUUAUAACAGCUCCAAGGUUCAAGCUGUGAAAUCUAGUUAUAGUUUAAGUACCCGCCACUCGACCACAGGGUCACUAGGAGUGAUUAUCCACGUGUUAAGUUUGAAACAAGCUUGUUCACUGACCAUGGACAGAGGAAAUAGUUACCUACCAGACACAGAUUCCAGUGAAGAUGACAUUUCCAACAUCGCUGUGGAGAAACCAGUGGACAUCAGCACGGAGCUUGGGUAUUGGGGAUGGCGACCAAGAUGGCUGCAGAGAUUCAACAAUUCCAAAACGGCACUUGUGAUGCUAUGCUGCUUUACCGCUAUCCAAUCCUUCAUUGUGGUUGGCUCGGUGAACAUCAACCUGCAGAUGUUAGAACGGCGCUUCAACUUGGACAGCACCCAGGUCAGCUUCAUCGUGUCAGCUUAUGAUGUCCUCCAGUUGUUUCUUAUCUUACCUAUCGGAUUCUUCGGACACAACUGGCACAAACCCCGAGCGAUGGCCAUCGCCUGUGCUUUCACAGGCCUCGGCUCUCUCUUAAUGGCUCUGCCUCAUUUCGUAUCGGAGGAGUAUGAGCUUGGGCAGUCAUUUCUCGACGUAUGUAGCGCCAACACCACAGCCAUGUGUGACCGGAGUGACAUUGAUCUCCACUCCCAUGCCCUUUACAUAUUCAUGCUCGCCCAAGCCUUCCACGGAGUUGGCGGAGCUUUCCUUUAUGUCCUCGCCGUGGUCUAUAUUGAUGAGAAUGUUCAGGUCCACUCCACACCCCUCUAUAUCGGUAUCUUUGCCCUUGCCAGUACGCUCGGUCCGGCCACUGGGUUCAUCGCCGGUGGCGAGCUCCUCUCUUUAUACGUUGACGUGGAUAAGAUCCCUUCCGAUGAGAUUGGCAUCACCCCUGAGGAUCCACGAUGGGUAGGAGCAUGGUGGAUCAGUUUCCUGGUUGGGUCCUUCCUCGCCUUUCUCUGCAGUGCCAUGCUAUGCUGCCUCGGAAAACAACUGCCAGAGGCGGAAUCAUUGCGAAAGGAUCGCAUGUCCAACGGGCAUGGGACAUUGGAAGAAAACGAAGGAGUACUCCAGGGCACUAUCACAUUGAAGCAUCUCCCAAAGAAUACGUUACUCUUACUGAGGAAUUCCACAUUCAUGCUCUUGGUUGUGGCUCUUACUUGUCAAGCCAUGCUCAUCAAUGGGAUGGGGGCAUUCCUACCAAAAUUCAUUCAGAACCAGUAUAACGUGGAACCAUCUUGGGCAGCUAUGUUGACAGGUCUGAUCGUCAUUCCCGGUGCUGGAGGUGCAGAGAUGCUUGGGGGCUUUUUGCCAAGGCGGCUCAAACUAGAGGUCCGUGGCAUGAUCCGCCUCAGUCUUAUCUUCCUAGUGAUCGGCAUCGCUUCUCAACCCAUUAUGCUGGCCAUGUGCGACGUGGCUGACAUGCCGGGCACGAAUCAGCAAUACCAAUUAAACACAUCCACCAUGACAGCCAACUUGAUUGACACAUGUAACUCACAUUGUAAUUGCUCAACUCUGACUCGGGAACCCAUUUGUGGACAAGACAAUAGGGAAUACUUCUCCCCUUGCCACGCUGGAUGCGAUACGGUCCAGAAAUCGUGGGAUUCAAACGAUAAGAUGUAUGGCAACUGUAGCUGCAUCUCUCAGUAUCUCGGUGACAGCGAGUCGUACAAUGCAACUCAAUGGGCGUCGAUGGCAACCAGUGGACGCUGCCCUACUUCCUGUAAUCUACUUCCGGUCUUCAUCGUAUUCCUCACUGUCGCCAUAUUCUGUUUAUUCAUGCCAACUAUACCAACUGUCAGUGCUAUUUUGCGGUGUGUGCCAUACAGACAGAGAUCGUACGCUAUCGCAGUUAAAGGCUUUAUAGCCCGUAGCCUUGGUUCCACUCCAAGCCCGAUUUUCUAUGGCUCCAUCAUAGACAGUGCUUGUAUACAAUGGCAGGAGAAGUGUGGAGAGAGAGGGACGUGUUGGGUGUACGACAACAAUGCUCUGGGACUUCGCAUGUUUUUGAUCAAUCUUGCCGUCCUUAUUGUGUGUGCAGUUUUAUAUUUCUGUGCUCAUCUUGUUCACUGCCCAAAUAAGACUACUACAGUUAUUGCCGAGAAUGGCCCCAGCAUUACUAACUGUGAGAUAAAUGAAACAAAUUCACAAGAGCGAAUGAUAAUGUUGGAAAAAACAACUGCGGCAUAAUCAUUUGCAUGGGCUGUGCGCUCGGCGUGGUCGUUAUCAUCACUUGUUAAACUCUACACCUUAAAGAGGUACACGUAGCGUAUAUAUACCUUCCGAUGACUUCCGACGGUUCAAAAACACCCAUUUUGAUGUACAGUAUUAAAACAAAUAUACAUGUUAUCUUCCUUCUU